AUGUUUGCCAAACUCUGUUACCGACCCAGUGAUGCCAAGAGAGGUUGUGGUGUGCGCCUAUUUUCAGCCUCGAGUGUCCAACAAAGUGUGCCUGAUGCUGGCUGCUGGAAUGUUGAUACUUUUCCUCAUAGUGCAGGAUUUUGGAGUCGUAUUAAUAAGCAGUAUACACCGUCGCUAAUGGGAAAGCGCAUCAAUGAAAGAGAGUUCUACAAAGCAAUUGAAACAGGUACCGUGCUUACUGCAGGGAAAGACCUUUAUUCUAUUGUUAAAGGUCGAAGAUCAAGUCAAAAGAUGAACAAAUGUGAAAAUCAGGAAAAGGAAAGCAAAAGGGCAAGAAAAAAGGAGACAGGUAAAGAUCAUAGAACAAAGACUUUUGGUAGUCUGAUAUCGGGAAUAGAUUCCCAGAAAGCCUCUUCAAGUAAGCAACCUGAUGUAUAUAAGAACAUCACCGUGAAGAUUGAACCUGAUAGUGAUGUAGAAGAUCCCUUUGAAGGAAACAGCAUUCUUGCUGGCUUGAUUCUCUAUGAUCCAGAACUUGCAAAGAAAGACCUGGAAGAACAGAUGAAGCACACCUUGAUUUUAACAAAGGACGAAUUUUCUGAUGCUGCAGAUAAAGGAGACUAUGACACAGUGUUUGCUUCAAUGCGAAGUGAAAGAAUCCCAGAUGUAGAUUUUACAUCUCUAUUCCUCAAAGCCUCCCGGCGUGGACAACGAGACCUUGCCCUUCUGCUGUCUACUCAUGUCCCAGACCUAUUAAAGAAAGAUGAAUGGGGAGACAAUGCUCUAACCAUAGCUGCAAAACUGGGUGAUGUUUGCUUUGGCCAUUAUCUCCUACUACUAGAUGUUCCAGUAAAUGAAUGUAACAGUCUUGGCCACACAGCAAGAGAAAUUGCAAUAAAGCUUGGUCAUACUCAUUUCUUAAAGUUUCUGCAGCACUAUGAAAGAGGAAUAAUCUAAUGAUGUAUAUUUAUGCAGAAUUAACGUUUUACAUAAACCAACAAUUGUUGAAACAACCAGAAUUAAAAAUACAUGGUAACACAUGUAAACACAUGCAAAAACACACACAGACAUACACAUGCAUGCACCCUCACGCACGCACAAUUGCAUGCACAUAUACAAUUGUAUGCACAUGCUUACCAAUGCCCUACACGUUUAUUUUGAGUGAGACGAGCACACCUACGCACGCAUGCAUGCAUGCAUCCUCACGCACCCACAAUUGCAUGCACAUAUACAAGAGUAUACACACGCUUACCAAUGCCCUACACGUUUAUUUUGAGUGAGACGAGCACACUUACGCACACACAUGCAUGCAUGCACACACCGACACACACACGCACAUGCACAGACACACACAGCACAAA